AUGCUCGCAGUAUUUGAGAAAAUCGCAAGAGCUGUGGCCCAACGCAUGGACGCUGGUGGGGAUAUGAUUGCUGUCAGAAGCCUCACUGAUGCUGACAGAUUCCACUGCUUCUAUCUGGUGAAGGAGAGGAGACGUUUCUUUGGAUACCAAUAUGAUAAGAGAGACCUCACCCUGUAGGACAUCCUGGAGAUGGACAAGGGUGAAGGGCUGUUUGAUAAGCUGGUUCCUGGGCUCCGAGGUCAAGAGGUUAAGUCCCAAGUUAUGGACAGCGUAGAGUCAAAGGGAAGUUUGACAGUGAAAUUACCCAAAGACAGAACACCUGAAGUGGGAAUAACAUUCUCCAGGUCCCCGGAGCAGGGCAUCGAGUUAUCAAAGACCCGGAUUCUCCAGAAAUUCCUGGAUUCCCUUAAGAACAAGUGAGAGAAAGAUGGCGGUUCAUCUAGGUUAGGGAAGUCCUUGAGUUUGGAGGAUUUCCCAAGCGUGAAGGAGAGGAUGCGAGACAUGGUGCGAGUCCUCCAGGAUCCGACUGAGGAGCGAAAAGAGGUGAUAAGCUGCUUCACCAAGUGCCUCAGCAAGGAUGAAGAGCUGCAGGAUCUAGAGUGAAGAGUGUCUGAGGUCCGGCGCUAGGAGCUACAGAUGGACGGCCCAGCAGGUUCUGUCAUAUGCAGCCUUUUUAAUGCUUACGCUGCUGGGAUCUUGAUAGAGAAGCACACAGAAGCCAUUUCGGAUUUCCUGGAUGACUUGAUGGGUGAGGAGGGAGCUGAGGAGGGGCAGCUUGUUGCGGAGGCCCUAGAUAAGGGGACCCUGCCCCUUUUGAAGGACAAGGUGGAGCCUAUCCUGGAACAGAACCGGGAUGAGCAGCCCCGUGAUGUGGGCUGUGACCCUGAGGCACGGACUCUCUGUGCCCUCUACGUUGUUGUCUCCAUCCUGCUGCAGCUGGGUGAGAAGCCUACCUCUGUGUCUUCCUAA